GAUUACCAGAAAUUUGUAGCCCCAGAGUUCAAUCAGCUAUGGCUUUGAACCCACCAUCUUCCUGUGGAGCCUUGCAAAUCCCUGAAUCCUCUUUCCAUUCUCUUCCUCUAAAGAUUUCCAGUCUUCUGGGCUCUACGGUUUCACUCUCGCGGAGGCGCAACCCAUUGCGGCGGCCGCCGCCGCCGUCACGCUUAGUACCAAGAGUUCAUUUUUCCGGCAGCCCAAAGCCGCAGCUAGCAGUUGUAAGGGCAGUUGCAGCUCCUCAUUCAGCAGUGGGCGUACCGCUGACAGCAGAGAAUGUCGAGAGUGUAUUGGAUGAAAUUCGACCAUAUCUCAUUGCUGAUGGAGGUAACGUUGCCCUGCAUGAAAUCAAUGGCAAUGUUGUUAGGUUAAAACUUCAGGGAGCGUGUGGCUCCUGCCCCAGUUCUGUGAUGACGAUGAAGAUGGGCAUUGAGCGUCGUUUGAUGGAAAAGAUCCCCGAGGUUUCUGCCGUUGAAUCCAUACCAGACGAAGAAACUGGCCUCGAGCUUAAUGCAGAAAACAUAGAGAAGGUGCUCGAAGAGAUAAGACCAUAUCUCAUUGAGGCAGCCGGUGGAACAUUGGAACUAGUUGGAAUCGAGGAGCCAAUCGUAAAGGUUAGAAUCACGGGCCCUGCAGCAGGGGUGAUGACGGUUCGUGUUGCUGUGACUCAGAAACUAAGGGAGAAGAUCCCUGCAAUAGCUGCAGUUCAACUUUUACAGUAAAUAUAUACAGCUCUCAAUGAUAGCUGAAAGUACAGGAAGCUCUGUAAAUAGUAUAAGUUGUGUUGUUCUUAGGGAAGAUAGUCUUGGUAGUUCAUAAUUCAACCAUUCUUGGAACACUAUGAUUUAUAUUGCAGCAAUUAUUUGGAGGGUGUUGCCAAUCAUUA